AUGUCAAGUGAAGUGACAAGAGCUGACAAAGAAUAUUCUAAAAAGACUCAUACACAUACCAUUGCAAAUAUUACAAACUUACAAGAAACCUUAAACAGGAAAAGUGACGUUGGACAUACACACGAUUUCUUCGCAACUGUUGGUAUAGAAAAUAUUGCAGGAACGGUUGAAGAACCUGAUGGAACUGGUGGGGAUGUAUUAAAUUGGAAACCUCCUAACUUUCCACAAGGUUUAACAUCGGAGGAUGACAUAACAACGAUGAAAGACAUUAAAUGUAGAAAUGUCUAUGUCAUGGAGGAUGAAAACAAAGUUAAAUUCACUGCUCAAGAUUUAUAUGAUAAAAAAGCUGACAAAACAUAUGUUAACGAUGAGUUAGAUAAAAAAGCUGACAAAACAUAUGUUAACGAUGAGUUAGAUAAAAAAGCUGACAAAACAGAGCUUCAAACGUUAAAGACAGAAAUACUUCAAACACUAUAUCCUAUAGGCUCUAUUUAUACGUCAAUGAACUCUACCAGACCAGAAGUAGUACUUGGUUUUGGAACUUGGACUCAAAUAGUCGACAGGUUUUUGUAUUGUGCAAACUCUUCAAAGGAAACAGGUGGAAGUAAAACGAUUUCAGGUGCAAAUUUACCUGCGCACAGUCACUACAUAAAUUUAAGUACAUCUGAAGCAGGUUUGCAUAGUCAUAGAUUUUGGGAUUGGUCAGGAAUGACAAAAGGUAAAGGAUAUGAUGUUAAAGAGGACGUUAAGUUUGCUAUAAAUUGUUACUGGAGUAACACUGAGGUAGGAGGAAGCCAUACACAUCGCGUUUCAGGGUAUACGCAAACAACGGGACAGAGUAAAGACUACAUGCCACCUUACAUGACAGUUUACGCAUGGUAUAGAAAUGCUUAG